UUUGCGUUCACUCUGUGUUGUUUCUUCAGUGUUCCAAUCGGGUUGUUGAUUCAGAUUUCUUUAUGGAAGAACGGUGAUGAGAAGUACAUAGUGCGGGAGAUGCAGAAAGCUAUAGGCCAAGCAAACACAAUCCUCUCUGAGGAGAAGGUGUUAAUGGGCUGUCGGUCCAAUUCACAAAUCCAUCUGGUGUAUGUUUCUCUGGAUGGUUGCAAACGCGAGUUUGCACAAACAUUUUCUGAGCCGGUUGCUGCUGAGGAUAUGUUUCAUAGAGCUCUGCUCUUCUUCUCGUCAGGUUACGCCUGCUGCCUUGCUAAAAGACACUUUCCCUUUCCUCAACCGAGCUCUACCGGUCACCUGGAGGGAGGGGUGUGUUUCUGUCAGUAUGUCUCGCAGCAGCUGAGUACAGGGCAGUGGGAAUAGAAGCAAUAUAGACCUGGAAUGGACCUGCAGCUCACCAAUAGUUCAGUUGGAUUAGUGAAACAAUUCUUUGGAAUAUUUUUUAUAAACAGCCCCAACCUAGCUGACAUUGCUGUAAAAACUUUAGGAAACAUCAUGUAUUAUUAAAUAUUGGAUUAUUAAAUAGGAUUGAUUGAUUUACUUCAUAUGUUUCAGUCACAAAGAGGUAUUUAUCUUUUUAGAAAUAGUUGCUGUUGCGCACAAAGACAUAGAAAAUUACCUUCAUGUAAAGGGUCAGAAAUUCUCAGUGAAACCAAAUGUGUGUCUAGCUAGAGUUACUGUAGUAUAGGUGCAUGCCAGAAGAAAAACUCAUAAGCAUUAAGGGAUUAAAAGUGUCUUUGUAAUCAUAUUUAUACACACAAGUGAUUUUUAUAUUAGUUAGUAUAGUAGUAUAUAGUUUGUGCCUGUGUGGCUGUAUUUUGUUUUAUUCACAGAUUCUCAUGUUGGUAUACCUCUUGAGCUAGUUAGCAAAGUCACAGUUUGAGUGUCAAGACAUAUGGCAGAAACCCAUUACAUUUAAUUUAUCUGUUAUUUUCAUGUUUGCUCAUUUUCAUACCUUUUCAAUUGCAAAUUACAUCAAUAAAAUAUAUUACAUCACAAGCACAAUGUUUGUGUCCUGAGUAAAAUCCAAGAGUAAAUCAAAGUGAACGGUGUUGACUUAAGAGAGUAACCAGGGUAAUCUCUUAAAAACAAACACAUUCAUCCUGGUCCUGAUAAUAACUCAAGACACUUUCCGUGUCUUCAACCCAGCUCCACAGGCCACAUGGAGGGACAGAUGUGUAAUUAUUCCAGCAGCUGAGCAGGGAAGACUCGAAGAUGGAGUAUAGGAUGUACAAAUCCAUUAACUCCUUAAAAUACUGUAUGUAAGGUGACUUAACAGCCUCAUUAAAACAUACUGUAUAAACUGUAUAGCUUGAAAAACAUUACGUACAAAUGCCACAACUCUUAAGCAAUCACUCCCUGAUCUUAUUUGACUAAAAUGUGCAAAAAUCAACAUGUAAUGUCUGGACAAACACGAACCACUGAGGGCCUUUAAAGGCAAAGUUACUUCAUUCAUGUCUGAAGUCAUUCAAACAUCAGAAUGGACACUGUCCCUUUAACAAACCUGACAGCAGAACAGUGAAAGUGUUUUUUUUCUAUUUCCUUCUUCCUGAAUUUAGUUUCGUUUCUCGCUCGUCCACACAGUGUGCUCACUCUUUGUUGUAUUUGCUUGCCAUCACUGUAUCAUGAACAGUUUUUUCAAAGAUAAUGGAGCCAAUGAACAGCAGACUGCAGACACUCAGUCUGCUGUCCAACCAUCUCCCUCUGUUUAUGUGCCCCCCACACUGAGGGAUGGUGAGUGUUACCAUGUCUUCAUUAGCUACAGCAGCACUGACUACCAGUGGACCCACUCCCUCAUCGAUCAGCUGGAGUCCUGCGGCCUGCAGGUCUGCUACCAUGAGCGUGACUUCACUCCCGGCCGCACCGUGUUGGAAAACAUGUCCGAGUGCAUCCAGCAGAGCCAGAAGGUCCUGCUGGUUCUCAGCCCAGAGUUUGUGAGGAGCCGCUGGUGUCUCCUGGAGGCCAACAUGUCUUUGUUCAGAGACUGCCUGGUGAGGAAACCCAUCGUCCCAGUGCUGCUGGAGCAAGGAGUCUCCGUUCCUCUUCACCUCUGCCACCUCACCUACCUGGAGGCCAACGACCCUGACUUUAACAAUAAGCUGCUCAAGGUGCUCUGCACCUCCAACCAGCAACUUCAAGGGUCCACUGUGGUUCCCUACCAGCCUCCCUCGAUCUACAACGGGAAGGCAAUGCAGCCUUUGACUGCUGUCAAUGAUGAGUUACUCUAUAAAUGGGAUUCUGGUCAGUUCAGUGAGAUGGAGGUGCCGGACCAACUGCGCUUGAUCAUUGAGGACCAUGAGAAGUACAGAAAGGCUGUGAGGAUAAUCAAUAGUGUCUCUCAAAAUAAAGUGUGGAUGCACCCUCUCUGGGUUAGAGCACUAAUUUACACUGCUGGUGUAAUUGUUUUUUUAAUAAUGGUAGCAUUUUUUAUAUAUUCGUCAGCUAUACUUAAUGUGUUAAUCGUAUAUAGAGACACAGAACCCAAAAAUGUAGCAUUUGCGUUCACUCUGUGUUGUUUCUUCAGUGUUCCAAUCGGGUUGUUGAUUCAGAUUUCUCUAUGGAAGAACGGUGAUGAGAAGUACAUAGUGCGGGAGAUGCAGAAAGCUAUAGGCCAAGCAAACACGAUCCUUUCUGAGGAGAAGGUUUUAAUGGGCUGUCGGUCCAAUUCACAAAUCCAUCUGGUGUAUGUUUCUCUGGAUGGUUGCAAACGCGAGUUUGCACAAACAUUUUCUGAGCCGGUUGCUGCUGAGGAUAUGUUUCAUAGAGCUCUGCUCUUCUUCUCGUCAGGUUACGCCUGCUGCCUUGCUAAAAGACACUUUCCCUUUCCCCAACCGAGCUCUACCAGUCACCUGGAGGGAGGGGUGUGUUUCUGUCAGUAUGUCUCGCAGCAACUGAGUACAGGGCAGUGGGAGUGAGAGGGAAUAGAAUUACAAUGUAUAAGUCAAUCAGUUGGAUUAAUGAUUCAAAACUAACAUUUUUAUGUCUAAAUGACGCAGUUUUAUGGAAUAUAGUUGCCAUAAAUUCAAACUGAGUUGCCUUUAAUAAAACAUGGCUAACACAUAUACAGUAGCAGUAUUAUAGCUUGGUUAUAUAUGGUUGCAUUUAAAUUAAUAAAGCUAUAUUUUAGUAACCUGCUAACUGGAAAAUGGUUAUUUUGCUGGAAUAUUUAAGUUUUAUUAAGUGGUAAUAACCUGAUAAAAAUGAGGUAAGGUGAUGUUUACAUCAGCUACUAAUAGUGUAAUACCUUCAAAAUGACUUUAAUUUAAACUUUGGAGUCCUAAUUGAUAAUGAUGCAAAAAUCUGUCUGUAGUUAUAUUCUAAAUAUUCCAUUUAUUUCAAUAUGAGACUGUACAAAUUGUAUAUUUCAAGAGAAAAGUGGUGUUCAUGUCCGCAUGUUAUCCCUGGAUCGAGUGAUUUUUAUUCAUUUCAUUUUAAAUUAUAAAUGUGGGCCUCAUUUGGUAUGCAGCAUGUUUCUUUGUCCAUAGGCGGCUUUAAUCUUUAACUUUAUGUUCAUUUUUGAAGCUUUGUAGCCUUUGGGUUCACUUUUAGUAAACAUGGUUGAGUAAAGUGUUCAGUUCUCAUUAACUGUGACAGAGGCAUCAUAAAUGUUACUAGUUGCAUAAUAUUUUAUUAUAAGUCAGGUCUGUGACUGAGGUAUAAGAUUCUCUUAUCUGUUCCUCUUUCCCACUGAUGCCACCUUAUCAGAAACCAAGACCUGUCUGAGAUGUAAGUGCUGCCAUGUACCACAGAAGAAGGAUCAAUAUUUGCUGUCCUUUACGACAGUCAACGACGGGAUUCAGGAUAUGAAACAGAGACAUGACACUGUUGCCUGAGGCCUCAGUGGCAACAAAUCCUAACAAACAGUAAAAAGACACUGCUGGGAAUGUCAAGCAGAUCAAGAUUGCAUGUCAGUGGGGGUGAUACCUGGGUCACACUGUACAGCAUUCAAUUUUCACUGUGCUUGAUGAGAGGUGGAAACAUCCUCUUACCGGUGCAGUUCAAUUAAAACUGAAUUAAGAUGGAUUAAGCUCGUUGUCAUAUAAUCAUGCUGCGUGCACGCAUGUUGCAAGUGUAGUGCGCUGGGAUAAUUGCUCGCAGAAGCGGCACUCAUAACAAGAACAAUCUGUCUAAUCUCCAACAAUGACUUUCAUGCUGAUUUAGCUCAGUCACUUCCGCUCCUGUCACGACUAUUAAAGCUUUAUUUGUUCUACA